GCUGCUGGAAGAUUGGAACUCAUCAGAUCUGUCAUCCAAGGAAUUGAAGGAUUCUGGUUCCAAGCUUUCCCUAUUCAUAAAUCUGUCUUGGAUAGGAUAACCUCCCUUUGUAGAACUUUCCUUUGGGGGAGCAAGUUCUGUAAGGUUGCUUGGGAGGAUAUCUGCAAGCCCAAGGAUGAAGGGGGGCUUGGUUUGAACAAGCCCUGUAUUUGGAAUCAGGCACUUUUGAGCAAGAACCUGUGGAAUAUUGCCUCAAACAAGGAAACUCUGUGGGUGCAAUGGGUUCACUCUGUUUACCUUGAUGGCAAUGACUUUUGGAUUUGGAGCCCUGAAAAAAAGGACUCCCAUUUCUUCAAAAAACUGAUUGAAAUCGGGGACAUGCUGCUACUCAAGUGUGGGGACAGAUGGGAACUUGAAAAUCAACUUUGUGAUCAGGG